AUGGCAACCAAUAAUUCUUUAUGGGCAAUGGAGAAGACUAAGGCAUCGAUAAAAGAACAAAAUGGAGUUACGUCCCUUGAUCCGAUGACAACAUUGCAAGUGGAAGUGGUGAAAUUAUCAAAGCAAAUAAAUGACAUGAGAAUGGGUUCUUUAAGUCAAGUGGCCGCUAUCCAAAAUCCAUGUGAGCAAUGUUGUCAAGUUGGGCACCUUGUUACAAAUUGUUUCUUAGGAGGAGUAAAUGAAGAGCAGAUUAAUUUUGUGGGGUUUCAACAAGGAAGUGUGGGGAAUAAUCCCUAUUUUAAUACAUAUAAUCCAGCUGGAGAAACUACCCGAAUUUUUCAUGGUCUAACAAUGUAA